GAACGCAGUAAAAAGGCACACUUUCUUUCAGCCUUUCUUUCGAGGAGGAAGUCGCUCUGCAAAGAAGAAGACAUCUCUCCGUUUGCAAAUUGUUUACGAGCAUAUCCGAAAUGUAUGCGUAUCUUGGCGUUUCCAUCAAGCAUUUAUGAAAAGAAAUGAAGCGCAGAAAUAACCGCAAUGUCACCGAGACUUACUUUGAGGGAGAGCAUUUGAGUCUCGCAGACUUGAAAAAGGAGUCUGUAGAGAAUGGGUACCUGUUUAAGCACAACAUUCCUGCUUAUCCCAAAUCUGUGAAGUUUCAUGUUGAUAAAGUGUCUCAUGUCACAGGAGAAUGUGGUGUUCGGGGGAUUUUUACAGAUUCAGGGUUCAGACAGCCACCAGAGCUGGUGGAUAAUGAUGAGAACUAUUUUCUCUGGUGGGAUCUAUCCGUCACAUCUGAUGAAAUAUCCUCAGCUGAAGAGGAUUUUCUCAUGUCCUUAUUCCCUCGUCGAAGUGCUGCACAGAUUCGCAACCAGUCACCCUUCUUAAAGCAAUUUACCAGCUCCAAGGCCUUCCAGAAGGAUUCUUCCUAUGGAAACUUCCGCUUCACCUUUUCACUGAAGGAGCUUCUCUGGCACUAUGGAGAUCAGUUCUGUGGUGGCCACAGUCCAGUUCUGCGAGUUUAUGAGACUGCGCUCUACCGGCGAGAGAUUGUCUAUAAGAUUGUGGUGCACCCUCGUGACAAAAAUCAUCUUUAUGAGAGUUAUCCUCGACUUCCUGAUCAAGGUGAUGGUGUGUGUGGUUACCACGAUGGAGCCAUGUGGUGGCGCUGUCAGGCCCCUUCUGAAACCUACAAGCUCAAGCUUGAUGUGAACAGGUUUGACAAAAAUGUUAGUGUGAGCUUUCAUUACAAAGAAGAAUACUACGUGUGGGACCAUGUGUGUGUAGCUUUCCACAUGGAGCCAAACUGGGUGUUGCACGUGAACCAGGACAGGCUGUUAAAGAAAGUGACUGUUUGUGAAGUGAUUCCACCUUGUCUUCUGAGACCUCCGGAGACUCCACUGAGUUUAAACGAGGCCCGGCAUGUAUUAGCUAGUAUUUAAGCUAUACGGCUAGCCUAAGCUAAACGCAAUGUAGUCCAUGCAAAUGCUUUAUAAAACACAGCAGCAUAUAAUCAUGUAAUUAAUGUUAGUUUUGAUUAAAAUGCCUGAAGUUAUAAGAAAUUUUCACUGUUAUUCACUGUUGUAAAUAUAAAACACGUAAACACUUACAUGUCACAGUGGCAUUUUUUAAUAGGUUGCAAUUUUUUAGAUCUGCUGGAAAUUUUUCCUCAAACAUUUUCUUGUUCAUAUUUUUUACUCUUGUUUUUUUAGGAUUUGAGAAAUAAUCUUUAAACUAAAACAUUUAUGCAGAAACCAAAAUAAUGACUUAUGUAAGAAAUGUGCCUUGAUAGUGUCCAAUUUCCACUCUAAACUGUGUGUUGAUGUUCACAUUUCGAAAAGGGUCAUUAUUAUAAAUAAGAUAAGUCAACAGAUUUGUUGACUGCACUAUUUGUGACGAUCACAUAUUGAGCAAAUGGUUACUGAAAGAAAUAUCCAUGUAGUCACUCUCCAAAUAUUCUGUUUUGUAACUGUUUUAUCUUAUUGUAAGUUGUCCCUGUACUAGGCGCCUUGACGUUGCGCCUUGACAUUCUUGAGCACUGGAUAAAAUUGUUCUGCCUAACUGAGCUGAAUAUUUGCACGUAUUCAUAACCCAUGUAACCCUGAGUAUGAUGUAUAAAAGCUGGGAAUACCCCAGUCUUCUUUAGAAGAGAGCAAUAAACUGUUGGAUUCACAUCUCUCAGUUGUUGUUGCCUUCCUGGAGCUCCAGCUUACUGAGGAAACACACAGACGAUCUGCAAUUUAUCCCAACAGUUACCGACUGUGGAAUAGGGACUGGUGUGGGAGACUGACAACCAUCUCAGACUAUGGGGUGUCGAAAUUUAAUUAACACAUAGGUCAAAGCUGUGACGAUAGCCAAGAAGCAACUUCAUUUACAUUUAAAGGCAGUAAACUGUAUGAAACGACUGAAUGUUCAGGGUUCAUGCUGACUGCGCUGAACGGGCACUGCCAUGUACUUUGAUACUGCUAUACUGAAUAAACAUCUUCAUUUGAGAUCU